GAAACCGGGUGCACAUUCAAGUAUUGGCGCGCUGUUCUUCUCAGCCUUUGGCGCCACAGACAUAAUUCUCAAGUCACUGUCAGCUGCAGUUGUGUGUGGUUGUCUUCCUUGUGGGAUAUUCCGUAAAGUUGUGUUUUUGUAGCGAAAUUAACUUUUUACAGCCAUGACAAAACUCACAGAGGGUGCGAUAGAGGCUCUUGCAAAUGGCACGGCUACCAGCGAUGCAGUGCUUCAGUUAGUGAAUAUUCGCAGGAUUGAGGGAGGAAGUGGGCCUCCUCGGUUCCGAGUGAUGAUGAGCGAUGGACAGCACACCCUGUCAUCCUUCAUGCUAUCCACUCAACUGAACUGCAUGGCUGAGGAGAACCGGUUGGUUCCAAAUUGCAUCUGUAUUCUCAAGAAACACGUGACCAAUAUUUUGAAGGAUGGACGGCGAGUGGUAAUCAUUCUGGAAAUUGAUGUCAUCAAACCUGCUAGAGAGGUUGCAGGUAAAAUAGGAGAGCCUACACCCUUUGUUGAAGGUCAGAGUAAAGGCCCACAGCCUCUCCGAGUUCCAGAAACCAGAGCUCCACUGCAACAACAAAAUAAAAAUGAAGUCUCUCCUGUUUGCAAGUCCCAAGUCAGCAGUGUGAACAGAGGUUUGAACAGAGACUUUGGGAAGAAGCCUCCAUCUGCUGCACUCAGUACCCCGGGGGGCAGCUCCAAAGUUGUGCCGAUUGCCAGCCUCAACCCCUAUCAGUCCAAGUGGACGAUUCGUGCCCGUGUGACCAACAAGAGCUCCAUUCGCACAUGGAGCAACUCUCGUGGUGAUGGCAAGCUCUUCUCCAUGGAGAUUGUAGAUGAGAGUGGAGAAAUCCGAGUCACUGGUUUUAACCAAGAGGUGGACAAAUUCUACAGUCUGAUUGAGGUUGGCAAGGUCUACUACAUCUCCAAGGGCUCCCUGAAGAUUGCCAACAAGCAGUACUCGUCAUUAAAAAAUGACUAUGAGAUGACGCUCAACGGAGAGUCCACCAUCAUCCCCUGUGAGGAUAGCUGUGAUGUUCCAAUGGUGCAAUGUGACUUUGUCUCUAUUGGAGAGUUGGAGAACAGAGAUAAAGAUGCCAUUGUUGAUGUAAUUGGAGUGUGCAAGAGUGUAGACGAGGUGACUCGCCUCACAACCAAGUCCAACCGUGAAGUAUCUAAGAGAACACUUCAUCUGAUGGACAUGUCUGGGAAGUUGGUGACUGUCACGCUGUGGGGAGAAGAAGCAGAAAGGUUUGAUGGCGUAGGGCAGCCCAUUGUAGCCAUUAAGGGUGCAAAGGUCUCAGACUUUGGAGGCCGGUCACUUUCUGCAUCCUUCAGCAGCACCCUGAUGAUCAACCCUGAUAUCCCUGAGGCAUACAAGCUCAGGGGCUGGUAUGACCAGGAAGGCCACGCUAUUGAUGGACAGUCCCUGACGGAAGUGAAAGGUGGCAGUGGAGGAAGCACCAACUGGAAAACUCUGUCUGACGUUAAAACCGAGCAUCUGGGACAUGGAGACAAGGCGGAUUACUACACCUGCAUAGCUACCAUAGUGUAUCUGCGCAAAGAAAAUUGCCUCUAUCAGGCGUGCCCAAGCCAAGACUGCAACAAAAAAGUGGUUGACCAACAGAAUGGCAUGUUCCGCUGUGAGAAGUGUGAUAAAGAGUUUCCCAACUUCAAGUACCGCCUCAUCCUUUCUGCCAACAUUGCAGAUUAUGGGGACAACCAGUGGGUGACUUGCUUCCAGGAGAGUGCAGAGGCCAUCCUGGGCCAGAAUGCAGCUUACCUUGGGCAGCUCAAGGAUUCGAAUGAAUCUGCGUUUGAUGAGGUCUUCCAGCAAGCCAACUUCAACACUUUUGUCUUCCGCAGCAGAGUGAAGCUGGAAACGUAUAAUGAUGAAUCCAGGAUUAAGGCCACAGUGAUGGAGGUGAAGCCUGUCGACCACAGGGACUACUGCAAGAGGCUGAUCAUGAACAUACGGAAACUGGCUGCCCAGUAAGAACCUGGGACCUAAAGCGAGUGUUUUUGUUUUUUCUUAUGUAUUCCUUAUUUUUGUACAACCAACAGCUCCAAGUGUAGUAAUGAGUUUUAGUUCUGGUAAAUGAAUUCCAGUCAACUGCUUACUUUAUGAAAUGUUUGGUGGCCUGAUGUUUUCUUUUGUGUGUGUAUAUAUAUGAGGAGUGUUUCCCCUCUUUUUUUUUUUUUUUUUUUUUUUUGUGUGGAAGCAGAGCAGAGUGGGUCAGUAAGCCAUAAAAGAAAUCAUCAGCGUGUGUGUGUCUUAAGUCAACUUUUGGUGCAUAUGUUGUGGUCUUGUGGGGGUGGUGGCUGCCUUUUAAGCAGAAGACCGGAGCUGUCGCUGACGCUCUUCACCCUCUGACGCACUUUCAAAAUGCCUGAGCUGGACCUGCACAUCCCUGAUAAGGUUUACUCUCCCACUCUUUGGAUUCAUCUCUCACAUACUUGCAAACAUCAGCGCAUGAACAGUGUGAACCAAAUGGGAAAAGCACUGUAUUAUAGUUCAGUAGAUAUUGGUGUUUGCUUGUAUUAUAAAUCUUGUGGUUCUGUUUGUUUGUUAUAAUUAUCUGUAAGAAUAAAGACAUUUGUGGUCAA